AUGACUGCGCCCAAGGCCUUUGCGGGCCUCAGCCGGCCCCAGAGGAAGGGAAACCCGUCGAGCGGUUUGGUGCGUGUGAAGCGCGACAUGGCGAGGAAGCGGACAAGCCCGGGUGGCCCGGCGUGUAGAGGGAAGGGGGCGGGGCUAGACGCGGCCUGGACAACUACUAGAGCGCCUCGGGCUGUGCUGCUCGAGACUACAUUUCCCAGGGCGACCCGCGCGGAGCGGGCGGGAAAGAGAGCGUUUCGGGUCCAGUGCGCAGGUGCGAAAGCCAUCUUUGGUUAUAUAAGGGAGGUUCAGGAAGCCAUUCGUCCUUUCGCGUCUGCGGCGCUCGGAGUGUGGUGCUUCUGCUGGUUGCAGUCAGGCUUCAUACGCUAUUGUCCUGCCCGUUAGAGCAGCCAGCGGGUACAGAAUGGAUUUUGGAAGAGGGAGUCACCACUGGACCUCCAAGGAAGCCACGUGCAGACGUCUACAACCUUCGAUCUCCUGACGAGUUUAUUGUUGGCCAAAACCAGGCUUUGAUUGAACCAGGAUGAAUGCGGGUGUUGGAAGUAGAAUAUAUAUAUACAUAUAAAAUUGGUUGGGAGCCACGUGUACCAGUGUGUGUUGAUCUUGGCUUGAUUCAGUCUGCCUUGUAACAGAUACAGGGUACGAUACAGCAUCCUACAAGAAUGAGCAAACCUAUUCUGAUGGCAGGAGAUUGAGGACAAACUGGCGAUGGAAUAUGAGAGGAGCCCUCUGGAAAGAAAAGGACAGACCCUGUGCUUUCAUGAAAGUGAAGAUCUGGCUGAACCAGUUCCACAAGGUUACUGUAUACAUAGCCUGAGUUUAAAAGGCUGUGCCCACUUCAAGAAUGUCAUUGUUAGACUUUGGUGAAAUUUCUAACUGCCUACCUGGCUAAAGAAAAUAAAAUCUUUUAAAUCAAAA